CAGAAAGCCAGUGGGCCAAUUCCGUGGCCGCUGAGGCGCUGGGAAGGCGUGGCGGACUUCCCGAGGGCGGUAACCGCGGCCCACUGACAUCAUUUGUUAUGAGCGAGGAGGCACAAACAGUUCUUGGCCGAGAAGGGACAGCUGGAACUGAAGUCUGAAUCACAGGAUGUGACCAGAUUGCUUUACCCGCCCUCUCCGCAGUCUGGACCUGAAAAUUUCCCCUCCCUGGCGACCGCCCACCCCGCGAGACACAGAACUCUGUUCGGAUUGUUCCUUAACGCAGUGGCUGGCGUUGAGAUUUGGACGCCACGGGAGUCGCCGAAAUUGGAGAAGCCAGACGAGCAGGAAGCGUGACUGAGUCUGUGAUCCGAUUUUUCACAGGCUAGAAUUCGCCUGACGGAAACAGACUAAGGCCAACAGGGAGAACUUUAGGUUUACUGGGAGGAAAAUAAAGCACGCUACAUUGUAGCAAACGAAACGUUGUCAGCUCGAGGCUCGGUUGGAACAAGGAAAUAUGUCGGAGGAUUUGAUAAUUAAGCCGCAGGACGUCGGAGAGAGGAACAGUAGGGUGAAUGCGUUGCCUUCCUUAAAGUAAAACAAAACGCGCAGAGCCUAGGAGUUUUGGGGGGUUAGCGUUCGUCCGCACCCACUACCACCCGGGCAGGAGCACAGGGCGGGCGGCGGGCGGGUCCCGUGCCCCGGAAGUACUGUUGCGUUAGAGCGUGGGCUUCCGGGUCAGAUUGUCGUUGUAGCAGCUGUAGGAAGGGGAGGCCAUUUUCCAUUUCUGGGUAGGGAGAGGGGCUGGGGAGGAGAGAAAGAAGGAUAAAAGAAAAGGGCUCAGCGCCUCCCGGCCGGGCCGAGAACACAGGAUAGUUUCGGCAGGCGGGAGAGGUCGCUGAGGCCCCGGAGGAGAUGUUUUCCCUGUCGAGCACGGUACAGCCUCAGGAGCCAGAUGUCGUACUGCACUCCUCUAAUCCCAGCAACCUGGAGGCAGAGGCAAGAAGAUCUCAAGUUUGAGGCCAGCCUGGGCUACAUGAUGAGUUCAAGGUUCAAGGACUACACAUAUAUGAUGAAACUUUUGAUUCACAAAUUGAGAAUGACUGUUACAGUUCCUCUCAGUCACCUUAUCAGUGCCUUCCAUUCACCAAAACCUGUGUCUGUUUCAGUCAGUGCAUCCGUUUCUCAAAACAAGCAUCGAGAUGUAGUUCCAGAGCAUGAGGCUCCCAGCAGUGAGCCUACACUUAAUUUAAGGGACCUUGGAUUAUCUGAAUUAAAAAUUGGACAGAUUGAUCAACUGGUAGAAAAUCUACUUCCUGGAUUUUGCAAAGGCAGAAGUGUUUCUUCCCACUGGCAUACAUCUCACGUCUCUGCACAGUCCUUCUUUGAAAAUAAAUAUGGUCACUUAGAUAUGUUUCAUGCUUUACGUUCCUCUUGCUUGUUUCAACAAUAUCCAAGAACUCUUCAGAGAAUUUGUUCAGGUCUUCAGUACUGGCCAG